AUGGCCGAGCAGCAAAUGUGCGCCCCCCGCGUCACGACGCAAUACCUCGACAGCUUCGUCGGCCGCCUCGUCACCAUUGUCGGCAAGGUGACGCAGCUACGCGGCGACCACGCCACCAUUGACGGAGACGGCACCGUCACCGUCGUCCUGAACCGGGACGCCCACUUGGUCAACGGCAACGCCGUCCAAAUCAUCGGCAAGGUGAACCCAGACCUAUCCAUCAAGGUGCUCAGCUCCCGAGACUUGGGUGCCGGCGUUGACUUCGGCCUCUGCACCGCUGUCGUCGAAGCAACUCACCGGCACAAGAACAUUUUCAUCACCGACGGCUAG